AUGCCAGGAACUGCAGAUGAUACUGAAACUGAAACAUCGGAAAUGCCGGAAACUACAGAUAAUACUGAAAUGCCAGGAACUUCGGAUGAUACUGAAAUGGAAACAACAGAAAUGCCAGAAAUUACAGAAGAUACUGAAACUGAAGCAUCAGAAAUGCCGGAAACUACAGAGGGGGCUGAAACUGAAACAACGACCGAAGCAUCAGAAACUACGGAAACUAUUAAACCCACCAAAAAACCUUCUGAGUUGAAAUGUCCCCGGCCUUCAGGUCUGUUUCCGCAUCCCGACGAUUGCCAUUUGUUCCUUCAUUGUGCACACAACUAUCCACAUGUGAUGGAAUGUCCGGCAGCAACUUUCUUCAAUGAGAAAUACAAAGUUUGCGAUCAUCAGAGAAAUGCUCCAGAAGGAUGCGUAUGA